AGCUCGUGCGUGUUUAACAUGUUUUACAUCAUUAUGAGCUUGAUGUUUUUAUGACUGUCUGAUGCUUUCUCGUUUCUCAGUUUAAAUGAUUCACAGUUUAAGGAGAAACGAGCAGAAAUCUGAGAAAUCCAGCAGCUGAAGAUGUUGAGCAUGAAAGCGCAGAUGGACGUGAUCUGCUGUAAAUCAGUAGGAACUGAUCUGUCCAUGCUGGAUAUUGAGGAUUUCAUCAGUGAAAUCUGUCAGCUGAAGAAAGAGGUGGCGUCACUGGAGGCAAAGCUGAGAGAAAGAGGAGACAAACCCAACAGAGAGGAUCUGGAGAAGGUUUCAGUGUGUGUGACUGACGGGACAGAAGCUCAGGAUUCAGUCUGGAGAUCCAGAGACACACAGGACUCAGAGCUCAGCCUCACUUUACUGUGUUAUACUGACGCUCAGGAUCAUGGAUCCGCUGAUCAAACCUCUGACUGUAACGCUGGAGAACAGCAGAUGCUGCAGACGCCGCUGAAGAUGUGCUCCGUCAAACUGGUGGACUGCAGGAACCUGAUAGAGAGCAGAGGAGAAGAAACCACAGCAGAGGAACAACAACAGAGACACGAGGAGGAGGAGGAUGAAGAGUUUAUUCCUGCAGAUGACAACAGUGUUUCAUCUUCUGAUGAAGAAACGGUUUCAACAUCAAAAGAUCAGCUUAAGGUCAAGAGAUUUUCCUGCUCCACCUGUGGGAAAACAUUGAGUUCACAGCGUAAUUUAGUGAGUCAUGAGAGAAAACACACAGAACAGAAAGAUUUCACCUGCAAGAUAUGCGACAUCAGCUUUCCUACCUUAGAAGAGAGGAGACGUCAUUCAAAAGAGCACAACGUGAAGAAGGAGUUUCACUGCGAACAGUGCGGGAAGGAUUUCUUCACCACUCCUUCUAAUAUGAGAGUUCACAUGAAGUCACACACUGGCGAAAAGCCUUUCCACUGCAGCGAAUGUGACAAGAAUUAUACCACCAAAGGGAGUCUUGAUGCUCACAAGCGAACUCACACGGGUGAAAGGCCGUACAAGUGCCCUCACUGCGAGAGAAGAUUCAUGUAUGCAUCCAAUCUGAAGAAACAUGUGCGUGUUCACACCAAUGAGAGGCCGUACCAGUGCAGUGAAUGUGGGAAAACCUUUAUGCAGUUAUUUGCUCUAAAGUCACACCAGAAAAUACACUCUGUGGAGAAACAGUAUCAGUGUUCAUACUGUGAUAAACGAUUCUGUCAAAAAUCUAAUUUGAUUUGUCAUGAGAGGAUUCACACUGGAGAGAAACCGUUCCUGUGCUCCUACUGCGGGAAGAGCUUUUCCGAUCAGGGUCAAUUCGGUGCCCAUCAGAGGAUUCACACUGGAGAAAGACCGUAUCACUGCAGCGUUUGUGGGAAGAGUUUCAGUAAAUAUGAUACCUUAAAAAAGCACAAGAGGAUUCAUACAGGAGAAAGACCGUUCAAGUGUUCUCAGUGUGACAAGACUUUUGCUCGAUUAGAUGUGCUGAAGACUCAUAAGCGAGUUCAUACAGGAGAGAAACCUUACCGCUGCUCCAUCUGCGGCGAGAGAUUCACUUAUUUAGGGGGUUUUCAGGCCCAUCAGAAGAAACACGCCAAAGAACAAACUGCUCCAGAAUCAUCAUAGGCCACGUUCACACUGUCAGUUUUUGGGAUUGACAACUGCAUUUACUUACAGAAGCUUCUGGAACACUGUCUGUAUGAACGUGCAAUGAGAGUCAAACCCAUAUUUUCUUACUAGAAACCAUGACAACAGUGAACAACGUAAUAUUAAAGAUGUUGACGUCCAAAAAAAUGAAAAGUAUUAUCACUGUUGACGUGACCAGAGACUAAUUGAACCGCGAGUUCAUCCAUCAAAACAUGAGCAACCAAAAGCAGCAGGUAAACACGCGCUAUAGCCUAUAAGAAUAUAUAUAGCCUAUAUAUAGUCUAUACGUGUCACGUCCUUUGCGACGUCUCGCGUAUGAAACGGCUUUUGAAUUUGGAAAAGAAACACAAAACUGAUGUGAGCCGCUCAGGUAGGGCUGGGCGAUAUAUCGCAUGCGAUU